AUGGAGAAAGAGAGAAAGAAAAAGAUAAACACAGAAAGGGACAAAGGCAGAAAGACAAAAGGAGAAAACAAAAGACAAUAUUAUAACACUGAAAAGAAAGAAAGACAGAAAGAAAAGUGGAAAGAUGGAAAGAUGGAAGGGGGGAAAGGGAAAAAAGAAGGGGAGAAAUGGAGAAAGAGAGAUACGGAGAAAAUUAAAAGGGGGGGAAAGACAGACGGAAGGAAAGGAGGAAGGAAAAAGGAAGAAAGAGAGGAAGGGAAUAAGGAAGUAAAGCGGAAAUGCCGCAAAGGAGAAUUGGAGAAAAAGCAAAGGAGAGAAAGAGAGAAAGGAAAAAGAAAGAAAGAGAGAAACACAGAAAGAGAGAAAGGAAGAAAAACAGAAAAGGGGAAAAGGAGGAUAGAAGGGAGGAAAAAAGGGGAUAAAGAGAAGGGAGAAUGA